AUGCUCUCACUCCUUUUAGAAUGAUCAAUUUUUUCUCUUCUUAUAGAGGAUUAAUUUAUUUAUUUUAAAAUUUAUACUACAAUUAUAUAUAAAAAAUCUUUUUUCGGAUUUAAAUCACAAUAGUUAAUACUUGAAAAAAAUCUAAUUUUAUUUAUAAAAUUUCAGUUUGAGAAUUUAAAUAACGUAAAUUUCAUAGAAAUAGCUAGAGAUCUCGUUAUAGCAAUUAUUAAUUAUAUAUAAAUUUUUUACUCCUUUUAAAAUAAAAGAGGUUAAAUUUAAUGGAUUUACCUUAAAGGAGAGUCAGAGAAGUUUCCUCAAGACCUAUCAAAUCUCUGGCCAACAGGUGUCACGCUCAAUCUUGAAGAGCGCAUGAAUCUACAACUUUCCUUUUACAAAAUCUUCGAACAAGAAGACUUCGAAGAAGUUUUAUUCUGGGGAAAAAUCAAGGGAGUUACGAAGGAUUAUUACAUAGCGAUGGCGCUCAACUACAAAGGCCACUACGAAUUUCCCAACAAACGAUUUUUCUGGUGCACAUCUCAGAAUUGGACAUUUGCUGAGCUGAGUGCUAUUAAUCCUAAUGAUAAAGAACACGUUGAAAAAUUCAAUACGUUUUUCAGUGGAGAGCAUGAUAAAAUUCUAGUCCCAGCUCCUGAGCCAGAGCAGCAAGAAGGAGCAGAAGAGCAAGGAGAAGAGCAUGAAAAAGAUUCUUUACUACUUUGGCGUUCAAGUAAUAAAAAUCAAUAAUUAUAUGCUAUCUUUAUUAAGUAAUUAAAAAAUAAUUUUGUAAUAAAAAAAGGUUUAAAAAAAUAAAUAAAUUUCAUAAGAAAAAAUUUUUAUAAUUAAAAUGAGCAUUAGAUUUCUGAUAAACAAAAAUUCUAUUUAUUAUAAUGGAAAGUUAGCAUCAACUGAAGAAGAAAAAAUCCCAGCGAAAAAUUUCACUGAGCUUGACAGACUUGCCUAUGUCGUCAGAGCUAUAGAACAAGACUGCUCUGUCGUCCCUGAAGGCUCUUUCAGAAUGACCCCAAGCCACGAGCUAAUUAGAAAUAAAGCUUUCGAAGGCUUAUCAAGACAAGACAUCAGAGACAUUAAAAAGUAUUUUCACUUCAGAAAUGUGCAGCUACCAGAAAAAAGAGAGCAGCUCGAUAGAGACGAUGCACUUUUUACUUAUGAUUUCCUAGACCCUGUUGAAAAAGACCUGCCUAAAGGCACUUGGAGCUUACAAGUGGACCACUCUGGGAACCUUGCGACUUUAAGAAGCUUCUUAUGGCCUGGAUAUUUCGCCUUCCAUAAGGCUAAUUCUGACGUAUUUGGAGGAGUUUAUAUUGGAGAAGGGGUAAAGAAUGCCGAUUUACCAUUUAUGCUUUAA